UUUUUUUUUUUUUAACCUAGUGUGGUUCUAGUAUCGCUUUAUCAGUCCAAUUCAAAUUAUAUAUAAAAUUAAUUUUAAAAAUUAAUUUAAUUUAGACUUUUUAUUUCUCAAAUAAUAAGUUAUAAAAAAAUAUAAUAUUUUAAUUAUUCAUAAAAUAUUUUUAUUUUUCAAUGUAAUAAUUUUAUAAAAAAAAAAUCAUGUUUUCAAAAAAUAAAAAAUUUAAAAGGGACUAGGUAAAGCGAGUAUGUGAAAUUUGCAUUCCUGUUCAACCCAACUCGUUUAAUUUUCUUAUUAGGGUGGAGAUGAUAAUUAUUUUGAAUAAAUGAGAUAGGUUAGGAUGAUGAAUACCGGCAAGUCGGUACGUCAAAGCAUUGAAGGUAACCUUUCCAUACCCUUAUUUUUAUAAUUAAUAAUAUUUAAAAUGUAUAAAAAAUAAAAAUAAAUAAAAUAAAUGAAGAACCUAUGACAAGUAAAGACAUGAACAUUAUAUAAUUUUUUGCAAUUAAUAAUUAAAUAAUUUCAAAAAAUAAAAUAAAAUCAAUUAACUAAUUUUUUUUUUCUAUAUGAAAAAUCAAUUAUUUAAUUUCAUAUGAGAAAAACAAAAAAUAGAAAGAGAGAGGUCGGCGGGGAAUGUAUGAAGAAGAACAGGGGAAAAUGAAUUAGAGGUGGGGAGAACGGAGGGAAUAACCGAGGAGCACCAGUGGAGAUCUCUCCGGAGCCAAGUGAAAAUGUCGAAGCUACCUAGGCCGGAGUGAGCUGCCGCCGAUGGUGUUGAGAAGCCUGAGAUGCCGCCGUCGACAGUAAGCUACCAUAUGGAAAGCUGGCAACAUGUCCAAGUGCACAUUUGUCGGAUUUUAGGGAUCCAGCUGAUAUUCCUUGUUGGUUUUGGUUUUUGCAUGAGUAGUUCUUUCGUUUCAUGUGAGGUGGGCGGGUGUACCUCAAAUGUUGGCUCCACCAACCAAAGUUUAAACAUCCCACCUUAUUUUGAGAAACAUAUUACAAAAUCAUAUUUUGAUAAAUAUGAUAGCUUGCUUGAUUCAGAUUUCCUAGAUUUCAUAUCACAUGAACUUUUUCCUGGCUCUUGUGAACUGCUACUGGAUAAUCUGAAUCUUGUGCUGAGACUGUCAGUUCAACAACGCUCUCUGAUUGGUGAUGGUUCUCAUCGUCACCUUUCUUCAUCCUUCAGAUUUAAUAUCCAGUCGGAGUUAAUAGCUGAGUUACCAAUACACUUCUGUGAGGCCAUAAUCAUUGAAAAACUACCCUAUGGAAUCUUUGCUGACCCAUUUGAGCUACAACAUCUUCUUCAGCGUGGAGUAUUUAUGGGUGCAGCUGUUUUUGGAGACACAAAUUUGGAAUUGCCAUCCGUUCAUUCCAACCGGUCCCUUGUUGAGGUUCACAUGGAUGUCGAUCUCAACACUUUUUCAAGACACAAGGAUGGUUUGGAAAUCAACAUAGAUCUUCCACUGCAUAUACGUUAUCCACCCUUGGAAGAGAGUGGCUAUUCAAAUAUUGAACUAGGUGCACCAGACUUAUUCAUGCGCUGCAGCAUUGAAGCAAAGUCACAUAAUCAGAGCUGUUUAUUGAUGUUAAAAGAUAAUGGUGUUGCACUAGGGAAUGGCCCUGUAGUGUGGAGGGUACCUUCUGGAAUUAAGGCUCAUGCCAGAGCAGUGUCUAUUGUUACUUUCAUUUCAGCCAUAUUGUCGACUCUUUCAAUUGUGCUGACAUCUGUGUAUUAUUCAAGUACCAAAUUGUGCAAAAACCUAAAACAAUCUUAAUUCAUUAAACCUUUUCUGGGCCCUGAUAACUUUGCAUGUACUUUGAAAACACUGCUCUAAUGGAAGAAAAUGUCCUGUGGGUGAAAUUAUUUUA